GGUAAUGUCAUUAUGGAGAUCAUCUACCUGCUGGCUGGAGAGUGAGGGAUUCUGGGUAAUGUCACCAUGGAGAUCAUCUACCUGCUGGCUGGAGAGGUGAGGGAUUCUGGGUAAUGUCAGUAUGGAGAUCAUCUACCUGCUGACUGGAGAGCUGAGGGAUUCUGGGUAAUGUCAGUAUGGAGAUCAUCUACCUGCUGGCUGGAGAGGUGAGGGAUUCUGGGUAAUGUCACCAUGGAGAUCAUCUACCUGCUGGCUGGAGAGGUGAGGGAUUCUGGGUAAUGUCAUUAUGGAGAUCAUCUACCUGCUGACUGGAGAGGUGAGGGAUUCUGGGUAAUGUCACCAUGGAGAUCAUCUACCUGCUGACUGGAGAGGUGAGGGAUUCUGGGUAAUGUCACCAUGGAGAUCAUCUACCUGCUGACUGGAGAGGUGAGGGAUUCUGGGUAAUGUCACCAUGGAGAUCAUCUACCUGCUGACUGGAGAGGAUUAUGUGGUUGUGAGGAAGUCUGGAGAGCAUGUCACACACAGCAGCAGGCCGAAUGUGUCAGAUGGUUUUUCCAGGACCCAGAACCCCAGCACAGUGUUUCCACCUCACCCACUGAUCCAUGAGAAAAAGAAUCAUCAGAAGAUCCUGGAACUGACCAAUCAAAUCAUCCACCUGCUGACUGGAGAGGUUCCUAUAAGGUGUGAGGAUAUCGCUGUCUAUUUCUCCAUGGAGGAGUGGGAGUAUCUAGAAGGACACAGGGAUCUGUACAAGGAUGUGAUGAUGGAAAGUCACCAGACCCUCAGCUCACUGGCAGAUAAAUCUAUACCCAUUGGAUUUAAUAACCCCAUUUCCUUACCUGAUGUUGGGACCAAAGAUAAAUCUGGAUAUAAGAUCAAUACCAGAGGAAAAUCUCAAAAAAUCAGCAGCACAGGACAGUCGGAAUCUGUCAAAUACCUGUCACAAGCAUCUCCAGCAUUUUCACAAGGAGGUUAUAUGGAUAUGGACAUUUAUAUACCAACAAAACAUACACAAACAGAAUAUCCAUCUACGCAGAUUAAGGGGGAAUCAGCUUUGUAUGAAGAAGGAAAUCUCGCAGACAUUAAUACAAACACAGAACAUAUACAGACAGACUAUCAAUUUACUGCUAUUAGGGAGGAAUCAGAGUUGCAUGUAAAGGGAAAUCUUACAGAUUUUGACAUUUAUAAACCCACAGAGAACACAAUGACAGAUUACACAUCUACGUAUAUUUUAGAUUACAAUAAUGAGAGCAUGGAUGCAGAGACUAAUAACUUGUCAGAAAUGAAGUGGACGACGGUAUGUGAUAAAUCUGCAUAUACACCUCACAAAAGAUCACGCCGUGCAAAAGGAAUGUUUAACUGCUUGGAGUGUCAGAAAAGUUUUACCAGCAACUCUGCCCUUAUCAAACAUCAGACAGCUCACAAUCGGAAUACACUGAUGUGCUCUGAAUGUGGAGAACAAUUUCACCUUAAAAUGGAUCUUGUAACACAUCAGAGAAUUCACGCAGGAGGGAAGUUAUUUGUUUGUUCUGAAUGUGGAAAACAUUUUUUUUACAAAUCAGAUUUUCUCAAACAUAAGAAAUAUCACAUGAGAGAGAAACUAUUUGCAUGCACGGAUUGUGGGAAGUCCUUUAUCCAAAAAAUUCACCUUGUCACACAUCAGAAGAUUCACACUGGUGAGAAACCAUUUGUGUGCUCAGAGUGUGGAAAACGUUUCACCCAGAAGCCCCACCUUCUCAGACACCAGAUGACUCACACGGGGGAGAAACCAUUUUCUUGUUCAGAAUGCGGAAAAUAUUUUAGCAAUAAUGCAUACCUUAUAAUCCAUCAGAGAGUCCACACAGGCGAGAAACCAUUUCCUUGUUCUCAAUGUGGGAAAAGUUUUACUAAUACCUCGAAUCUCUUUAGACAUCAGAGGAAACAUGAAGGAAGGAAGUCAUUUUAACGUUAGCCAUAUUUCUUCUUCCAACACUUCACUCACAUUAAAAUAGCUCAGUGUUCAUUAAAUGACUUUGCACUAUCAUUAUAGUAUAGGCAGGGCCAGAUUAAGCGGCAGUUGGGCCUGGUGUGGACAAUCAAGAUGGGCCUAAUUACAGAAGCUUUUCAACAGAAAACACUAAACUAGUUAUACCUCCCAAGCGUCAUGUAUCUGGUGGAGGUGGUGCUGGAGGGAAACUCAAAGGAUAUAGCUAUCAGAACACACAAACGCUAUGCUAAUUUAUCGCUUUCAGAUAAAUCCAUACCCCGUAACAGCAGUGUCUGGUGAAGCAGGAAUUCGGUGGUAAAAGGGUGGGCCACUUAUGUGAAUCAUGUAGCCAGAUCCGCCCAAAGAGACAAACAUGUCCAAAAAGAGGGUGUGUCUGCACGAUGAAUUAGAUGGUCAGGCUGCUUGCUAAUCAUGCAGGAUAAACAAGGAUAUACUGUUCGAAUAGCAUCCUGAGCUUGUCAUAAAUGUGUCUAAUGAUGCACUAGCUCUACGCUUUCUAAGCACUUGCUGGUCCUCUCCUAACCUAAGCCCCCAUGUUAAUCAGGCCCUCGGUAUAGGGACUGCUUCUAUCUUGUUCUGAAAUAUAUUUUUUUAUUAUCAAAGUUAAAUAAAGCAUAUAUGACUAUU